CCCUUCUCUGUAGUCCCCGCAGUGAGAGAGGAAAUCAAAAAUAAUGAAACAUAUUAACCAUUUGUAUAAACUGCAUGGAUUAAUUGCAUCAGUGCUUCAACAGACAACUAGAAGACAGAUUCAGUCACUGGCAGAAACUGCAUGUAGUGUUCAAAACAAAGCAACACUUUAUGUUCAUUGGCCAUAUUGUGCUAAGAUGUGUUCAUACUGUAACUUCAAUAAAUAUAUCAGAAAUCAUGUAGAUAAUACUAGAAUGACAAACUGUAUGAUGAAGGAAGUAGAGACUUUGAUCAAAAUAAGCGGAAUAACUGAAAUAAAAUCUGUCUAUUUUGGAGGUGGUACUCCAAGUCUGGCAGAAACUGGAAUGAUUGCAUCUGUGAUACAGGCUGUUCAGAGUAGUGUUACUCUGCCUGAAAAUGCAGAGAUUACCUUAGAAGCUAAUCCCACAACUACAGAGAGAGCCAAAUUAAAGGAAUUUAAAGAUGCUGGGGUUAACAGAUUAUCAAUUGGUGUUCAGAGCCUUUACAAUGAAGAUUUAGAAUUUCUAGGCAGACAGCAUUCUGUUGAAGAUGCAAUAAGGUGUAUAUCUGAUGCUAAGGAUUUGUAUCCAGGUGAUGUUUCCAUAGAUAUCAUAUUUGGUAGACCUAACCAAACAGUAGAGAAAUGGAACAAAGAAUUACAACAGUUAUUGUCAUUGUGUGAUGACCAUAUAUCACUGUACCAACUAACAGUUGAAAGGGGUACUCCAUUGUUUAAAUGGGUCCAGAAUAAAAUUGUGAUCCUGCCUGAUGAUGAAGUAAUGGCAGACCUGUAUGAGACUGCUGUUGAGGUUCUUGAAAGUAGAGGAUUUGACCAAUAUGAAGUUUCUAAUUUUGCCAAAAAUGGUAAAGUAGGAAGGCACAAUAAAGUAUACUGGGAAGGUGAAGAUUAUAUAGGUGUUGGUCCAGGAGCACAUGGCAGAUUCACACCAUAUUCACAAGGGAAACAUCAAAGAGAGGCUAGAGUACAGAUAUUAGAACCAAACAGAUGGAUGACUGAGGUAGAAAAUCAAGGUCAUGGUACAAAACUGGCCAAACCACAAAAUCAGUUGGAACAGUUAGAAGAGUUGUUAGUUAUGGGUUUAAGAACAAAAGAUGGUAUAAAACAUGAGACUUGGAAGAAAAGAUACAGUUCUAAAUCAAUGACUGAUUUAUUUUAUAACCAGGAUAUCCUCAGCCAGUAUGUCAACUCUGGAUUGUUACAUUUUGACAAGAGUGGCAUGAGAGCAUCAAAGAAGGCUCUUGCUGUUCUUAACCCUAUUGUACAAGAUUUGUUGAAUUUAUUAAAUGAUCACUGGUCAGGUGGCUGAUGGCGGUAUGGUCACCUAUUGGAUUUCAAAACCACAAUGGCAGAAAGUUUUCAUUCUUAAUGUCUGCUCGCAGCCCUUCAAGUAUGUGCUGAUGGAUUAUAAGAGAUGGAAAUAAAAAAGAAAAUAAAACCUAUCCCUCAA